AUGAGGAUGAGUGCAGAAAGGCGUGAGCUCGGUAGAAAUUAUCAUGAUAGUUUGACUCCCAUAUAUAAAGCUUCACUCAAUUCACAUGUCGAUAUAGGUCGUACAUGGAAUGUUACCGAGUCAGGAAAUGGUAUAUAUAAGGUUCACUCUCCCAGCUCUCAUGUUGUUGAUCUGAGGCAGAUGACGUGCACUUUCCAAAGAUGGAAAGUGUUUGGUUUCCCCCGUGCUCACGCCACUGCUGCUAUUACUAUGAAUGGUACUGAUAUGUUGAGGUUUAUUCAGCCUUACUUUGGUUCGAACAAUUUUCGCAAUUCUUAUGCUCCUGCAAUUCGAACCAUUCCCAACUACGAUAGGCCAGAAGCGUAUGAACCUGAAGAGAAAGUCCUUCCUGGUAUUCCAAGGACACCUCCAGGGAGACCACCAAAUAAGCAUAUUCGCAGUGCCUAUGAGAAGGAGAGGAGGCCUAUGGAGUGCUCAAAUUGCAGGAAAUUAGGAACCACAACAAAGAUACUUGUCGUGUAUUAA